AUGAGCCCCUCAAGGAUGCCAAAGUUAUCAUGGAUAACUUUUGCUAAUGGAGCAAGUCCAUUAGUGGUACAAGAAGCAUUGGAAAUUACUUUUUGGUCUGGAGUGAACUCCCGGUGGUUAACUCCAACAACAUACAUAGGAGCAUCUUUAGAAGGAGCUGAGAUUACCACCCUCUUGACGCCAUUGUGCAAAUGGACUGAGGCUGUAUCAAGAGUAGUGAAUUUCCCUGUGCUUUCGACAAUGUAUUCGGCACCGCCGGACUUGUGCCAUGCUAAUUUCGAUGGAUCCCUCUCACUGAGUAAAUAA